AUGGUCAUAUAUGAGGAACAAGUAAGAUUUAUCACACAGCUACUGCUGCUCUGGCUAAAGGUGCUACUUUUCCAUAGUGUAUUGUCCUCAGUUGUACUCUCUCAAAGCCAAGCCAAACCAGAAGUAAUGAUUCCGUUGAAAAUUUUCGACUCUGCUCCAAGUAAAAAUCCUUCAGAAUGGGUCUCUUACAGAAUGAAGUUUGAUGGCCAGGAACAAGUUGUCCACAUGAAGGUAACCAAGUUUUUGUUGGCAAAAAACAUGCCAGUAUUCACCUACACAGACCAGGGUGCUCUCUCUCAGGACCAUCCUUUUAUCCAGAAUGACUGCUACUAUUAUGGUUAUGUGCAAGGGGACCUGUUGUCCCAGGUUUCCCUCAAUAGCUGUUUUGGGGGAUUUAAUGGAAUUUUACAGAAAAACAACACAGUUUAUAAAAUAGAGCCAAAGUUAAAUUCAACCACAUUUGAACAUCUGGUAUAUAAGCUGGUCAGUGAGCAGAAUGACUUACCAGCUAGGAGAUGUGGAUCAACAGAUGAUCAAUCUCAAUGUGAAUUCAAGAUUACAAAGAGUGACCACUUCAAAGAGUUAUCUAUAUCAAAGCAGAGUGGAUAUGUGGGCUGGUGGCUGCACAAGCGAUAUCUUAGAUUAGUAAUAGUGGUCGAUAAUAUAUUGUAUCGUCAUUAUCGAUCUAAUGCCACAACUACAAAGAAUAUACUACUUCCUGUGUUAAACAUUGCGUUUGCUAAUUUUGUGCAAUUUGAUUUAACAGUAACUUUAGUGGGAAUUGAAAUCUGGACUGACAAAAAUCCUAUAACUUAUAACAGUUCAAUUAAACAUGUAAUACCAUUCUGUAAAUGGAAGGAAAAAACUUUGAGCCUACGCAUUUCACAUCAUUUAGCACAUUUACUUUGUAGGAUUCCAGGAAACAACAUAGUAUACUAUACAUAUAGACGUGCAAUAUGUUACGAUAUCUUGAAUUGUGCAGCUCUUGUGAUCAAGGCAGAUCAUGCAAUGAAUUUAGUUGCAGUUUUAAUUUCAAGAGCACUUGCUAUUAACAUAGGUGUUGAGCUAGAUGAAGAUUACUGUACAUGUGGGCAAAAAUAUUGUAUUAUGUCCAAAAAAAUAGAGCCUGCACAUCUCUUCAGUAACUGCAGCUACAGUCAGUAUUAUGAGGCUAAAACACAUUGUCUAUUAAGACUACCAGAUACAGAGGAAACCUUUGAAGAAAAACGCUGUGGGGAUGGUAAGCUGGACGAAGGAGAAGAUUGUGACUGUGGGACAAUUAGUUCUUGUGCAAAUGAUCCAUGUUGCGAGGCAAAUUGCAAACUGGCACCGGGGGCUAUUUGUGCUUUUGGACUUUGUUGCAGGAAUUGCAAGUUGUUGCCAGCAGGUACAUUGUGUAGAAAAAAAGAAAAUGAAUGUGAUCUUCCAGAGUGGUGCAAUGGGACCUACCAUGAGUGCCCUCAGGACGUUUAUGUGCAGGGUGGGAUCUCAUGCAAAGGUGGUGGAUAUUGUUAUGGAAAGAAAUGCAAAAACCGCCAAGAACAGUGUAGAAGAAUUUUCGGCAACCAGGCUAAGAGUGCAAGUCUUAGUUGUUAUGUAGACGUGAAUAACAAAGGUGAUCGCUUUGGUAAUUGUGCAUACUAUACCAAUUCUUACACACCUUGCCCUAUAAAGGAUUCUCAAUGUGGAAGGCUUCAGUGUGUGAAUGUGAACCCACUCUCUAAUCUGCAAAGUCACAGCACCCUCAUUUCAACGAAUAUCAGUGGCAUCAAUUGCUGGGGUAUUGAGUACCAUUAUGGGGCACACACACCAGAUCUUGGUGAAGUGGAGGAGGGAACUGAAUGUGGAGAAAAUCAUAUUUGUGUUGAUCGACGCUGUGUCCCUAUGUCAUACUUCACAAAUCAUUGCUCUCCUAAAAAAUGCAGCAUGCACGGAAUCUGCAACAAUCGAAAUCACUGCCACUGCGAUUCUCCUUGGCGCCCACCCUUCUGCUAUGAGACAGGAAAUGAGGCAGGAAAUGAGGCAGGAAAUGAGGCAGGAAAUGAGGCAGGAAAUGAGGCAGGAAGGGUUGGUGGGGGAAGUGUUGACAGUGGCCCACCAUCUGGAAGUCAUCAAGAUGGAGGCGAUUCAACUGAGUCUGAAGAUUCAACUCAAUCUGAAGGUGUCAAGCACUCACACAUUUGUUAUUUUCUUCUGCUCUUGCGUUUCAUAGUAUUUCUCUUGAUUUUCAUUGGUGUAAUGUUAAAAGCAGUGUUCUAA